AUGUUGAGGCGCAACGCGAGGCUGCGCAAGGAGUACUUGUACAGAAAGAGCCUGGAGGGGAAGGAGCGGGAGGAGUACGAGAAGAAGAGGAAGAUUCGCAAGGCUCUGGAAGAAGGGAAGCCACUCCCCACAGAGCUCCGGGCUGAUGCGAGGCUAAAGAACGCGGCAGAACUGGAAGAUGACAACACGGCCGUGCCUCGCACGCACAUAGACAACGAGUAUGCCCACGCGGGGAUGGUCGACCCAAGAAUAUGUGUGACGACCUGUCGGAACCCCUCCAGCAAGCUGGCACAGUUUUCCAAGGAGCUGACAAACGUGUUCCCAAACUCUCAAAGGAUUAAUAGGGGUGGCAUGAAACUGACUGAGCUGGUCGAAACUUGCCGUAAUCACAAUUUUUCGGACAUCAUUGUGGUGCACGAGCAUCGCGGGCAGCCAGAUGGGAUGGUGGUGUGUCACUUGCCAUAUGGGCCCACAGCAUAUUUUGGGAUAACAAACACGGUGAUGCGACACGACAUUGGUACCAAACGAGAGGUGGGCACAGUCUCUGAUGUGUACCCUCACUUGGUGAUUGACAACUUCACGAAUCCCUUGGGGGAACGCAUUGCAAACAUUUUAAAACAUUUGUUUCCUGUGCCAAAACUCACCAGCAAGCGAGUGGUCACAAUGGCCAACAGGAAUGAGUAUAUCUCAUUCCGGAACCAUAUGUACAACAUUCCAAAGGGUGUCAAGUCAAUAGAGUUGACAGAAAUUGGACCACGCUUUGAGUUGAAGCCGUACCAGGUGAAAUUAGGGACACUAGAUGAAAAGCAUGCUGAGAAGGAAUGGGUGUUACGGAGUUUUGUCAGGAGUGCAAAAAGGCCACGUCUUGGGGAGGCCACACUGGAUUGA